AAGAAGACGAGUCUGCGCUGCAGCAGCUGUAGAAGAAGAGCACACGCCUCCAUUUUUCGGCAGUUCGUUCAAGCCAUCGACGGUCUGAGCGACAAAUUCUCGCAGUAUCAACUCUCAGCUCGAGGAGCAACCGAGAUAGGAUACUGACUUAUAAGAAUGUGGGAUGGACCAGGUCAAGGACCACGGGGAGGACCACCCUUUCGUGGUGAUCACCGUGGAGAAAUGUUUGGGGGCAGAGAUCGUCCCAUGCCUGACUAUAGAGGUAGAGAUGGGAUGAAUAUAGGUCAUAUGGGCCCAAGACCCCUUGAUCUGCCGCCUAUGGAAAUGAGGAGGAUGGAUGGGCCACCCAUGAGGGGGCGUGAUAUGGACCAACAUGAUAUGCGAGGAAGGGAGCCAAACAGAGAGUUCUUCAGACCUGGAGAAAAGCCUGAUUUCAGUCUUCGGCGGCACUAUGAAAAUUCCAUUAGAGACAAACUUAUGAAUUCUUCAGGUCUCCCUGGGCCCGGCAGGAACUCCGUAGAUAUGGGAGGCAGGGGUAUGCCGCCUCGAGAAACAAACAGGUUUAUGGAUAUGAGGGAGAGGGAACCAUUCCAUUACGAUAUGCCACGGUUUAGCAAUCCCAAUGUUGAUGGAAGAAGAGGGUUCCCCAUGGAUCAAAUGGAGCGAAAGGAUGGAUUUAUAGACAUGCAUGACAGACCACCAAUGGGAGAGGCAGGUCGCUAUGAUAUGGACAUGGCUGCACGUGAUAGGAGAAUGAUGGACACUGACAGGAGAGGAGGGCCGCCUUUCAAUGCAAGGGGUGGCUUUGAUUCUGAUAUGGAUUUCAGAAAUCGUCCUGGACCUUCAGCUGAAUUUAGAGGUAGAGAUCGAUCUCCUUUAAGAUUCGGAAAUAAUGAUGUCCCUCCACAAAACAGAGGAAGACCAGACAUACCUCCAGAUGUCGGUCCUCCUAGGUCAGACUUUAUGGGUCCAGUAGACACUAUCAGAAAGAGAGAAUAUUCUGAGCAGAGUAACAGUCCCCUUAUGGAUUAUCGGAGUGGUGAAGAGAUGACACUUGCAGAAGAAUGGAAGAACCGUCGAAAGGAUGGCAACUCUUUCUUCAACAAAGGUAUGGGUGGUGUACCUGAACCCAGCUUACCUGUAGGUUUUGGCCGAGAUGUGAAUAUUAGGGAUCCACCAGGCUUUAAUGAGCGGGAUAGACCAUCUGUUGACUUUCCACGGAAGGAUCUUGGCUUUUCUCGUGAUCGCUUUCCUCCCAUGGGUCUACCACCAAUUGGAAGCAAAGGCCCACAAGAUCUUCCACUUCCACAAAUAAGUCCCCUUACUGGCCCUCAAGGAAGAGAAAAUGAGGGUAAACAUUGGCUUGGAGAAAGAGACCCAAAGCAUAUUCACAAUAAAUCAAAUUGUGAUGAAAGACCGCCUUUGGAGAAGAAUCAUCCUUUACACGAAAUUCAGGAGCCAACUGAUCGCUUUAAAGAGAUGAAGGAUAUCCCACCAAAUCAAGGACCUGGAAGGGGUAAGCUAGGGCCCGAACAGGACUUCCCAAGCAGCAGCACUAUACAGGCAAGAGAUCAGGACUAUAGGGACAUUGAUUACAGAACAGGCUCUGGAGGGGUUUUUGACUACAAACAUGAAGAACUUCAAGCUCCAGAGAAACUCCUUAAAGAGUCUAAACCAAUCUCACCUUCAAAGUUUAGCGAUUCUGGUUCCAAGGAUCAAGAUUACAGGAGUGCAUCAAUGGAAGACAACGUUUCCAAUACUAUAUCUGUAACUGGUAUUCCUAAGACUGCCACAAUGGAGCAGAUUCUUGGUGCUUUUGCAGCUCGUGAUGGUGUGCCAAUGCAGGGGAUGAAAAUCAAGAAGGUUGUGCCAGGUUACAGCUACGAUACGGCCUAUGUGGAGUUUUUAAACCUCGAGGAUGCAGUCCACUUCAUGGAGUCCAACAAGGGGUCUAUAAAGGUUGGCACUAGAACUACUUCAAUUAAGUAUAUCCAGCCAGAAGAGUGUGAAAGACGUGUUCAUGAAUCAGAUCACAAAGUACCUCAAAUCCAGGAGCCCCAAUUGCCCAUAUCAGAUGAACCUUUGGAAGAGCUGAAGAUGAACCUGAAUGGGUCCAGACCAAAGGAUCCGAUUGAGACCUUUUCUCAUAGUCAGUGGCAGCGUAGCUCUGACCUCACUCCAGAGGCCUGGCAGCAGCAGGUGGACCAGCGGCUUCAACAGCAUGAUACGGAGCAACAGGCAGAGUCUUGGAACAACCGCAACCUUCCUCAUCACCCCUCACAACAGUCUGACUCCGUAUUUAAAGACAGCAAGACCAUGAUAAUAAAAAAUGUGAAGUCCACAACAACAGUUGAGACUAUCCUGAAAGCCUUGGAUCCCUUUGCUUAUUUGGAUGAGAGAAAUGUUCGUCUAGUGAAAGGCAAACCACCUGGAUCAAAGUGCUUCUGCUUUGUUGACAUGGACUCCCAUGAGCAAGUGACACGUCUGGUUGAACUCCUCACUAAACCCAGGCCCCUUUAUAUCGAUGGAGUCAGAGUAUAUGCUGAGGUUGCAAAACCCCUGAAGAACCAAAAUGUCAAAAAAGAUGUUGAGAAAUCAAACACUUCUAUCCUUGGGUUUCCACCUGACGGCAGCAUAAUCGGGCAGCAGCAGUUUCCACAACCUCCACAGUUCUUGCAGCCACCUACUGGUGCUCUUACUGGAAUGCAAGGUGUUGCGAUGUCUAAUGCUGCGCCGCCAUUAGACCCCAGCGGUACCCUGGGAAUUGGCUAUCUUGCACCUCCAACUGUGGAUCCAUCAUACCAGUUGGCUGGAACUCAUGUGACCACAGAGUCUUCUGGGAUGGCAGCUACCACAGACGGAUCACAGGCCUACAUUUAUGGAGCUGAAAUUCCAGACACGUCUAGCUACUUGUAUGAUGCCACGUCAGGCUUCUAUUACGAUCCGGAGACAACGCUAUACUACGAUCCGAACUCCAGGUAUUUCUAUAAUGCUCAAGCCCAGGAGUACUUGUACUGGGAUGCUGUGUCAAAGACCUAUGUCCCAGUCCCAGGAAGUAACUCUGCAGAUAACCAACCUGUUACCAUGACGGCUGAAGACCAGGCCAUUCUUUCAAACCCAGCAGCAGAUGCUCCUCUAGAAAUGAAGAAGCCGUCAGUGUCACUUCAGGCUUCAACGGUUCCAGCACCAGUUUCAGCUGCCAGCUCAGCUCAGGAGCCCGGCUCAGUUUCUGGUGCUGCUCCGGACAAAGAAGGUGACGACUCUGCUAAAAAGGACAAAGAGAAGGAUAAGGAGGAGAAGCCAAGAAGCCUAGCUGCUGUCAAGAUAAUGAAAGAUAUGGAGCGCUGGGCGAAGAUCCAGAAUCGUCAAAAGGAAACUGUGCGUGCUCCAUCUCCUCUGCUGAAGACCGGAACAGACGACGAUAAGAGGCAGUCUAAAUCGGCCGAUGCUGGUUUCGCUGUAUUUGAAAGGAAGAUUGCAGGUGGAGAUGAUCUUUUUAAGAAGCCCCUUGCUCCUGCUAAGAAAGACGAGAAGUCAAAACGUCCAAUGGGAUCCCUGGGUAUGCUGGCAUCAGACUAUGGAGCCGGAAGCGAUGAAGAGGUGGAGGAAGAAAAGGAGGAUGAGACGGUUAAAACCGCUCAGAGCGGCCAGUCAAAAGAAAAGGACGACAAACUGACUGACUGGAAGAAGAUGGCGUGUCUGUUGUGUAGAAGGCAGUUCCCCAACAAGGAUGCUCUUAUCCGUCACCAACAGCUUUCUGAUCUGCACAAACAAAAUAUGGAGAUCCACCUUAAAAUUAAGAGGUCAAAGAAGGAAUUGGAGGCACUGGAGAACCAGGAAAGACAACUGAGUGCCAAAGAAGCACCCAAAUCACCAGAACAGAAAAGAAGAAAACACCAUCACUCACAACCACAGCAUCAAAACACCUGGGCUGGGAGCUCCAGGGAAAUGAAUAAAGUCAGCGAGAGGCCUGGUUUAGGGGCGGAACCUGUCGCGCCAAGGAAGAAGAAGGAGCCUGUCGUUUGGGACCAUGCCACCUACAAACAAGCAGUACGCAAGGCCAUGUUUGCACGGUUCAAGGAACUUGAGUGAUCUCAUCUGAACACAUCUUCUGUUUGAUAUGUGAAAUGUUAAAAACAUGCCAUGGCAUGAGAGAUCUGUACAAAUGCCUUUGGACAUUAUUACUGUGUAUUAAAUGUGUAUUAUUACACAUUUUUGUACACUGAACACUGACAGAUAAUGAGAUCUUAAAAAUACAUUGCAAGGCUGCAAUGGAGCUUAAAACCCCACACAAAAAACUUUAUGAAUUUUGUAUAUGAAGUGUUAAUACAGUUUAUUUGAAUACUUUUUGCCCUUUUCCCCCCACUUUUUUUGUUUGGUUUUGUUUUUGUGGUCUGUAUGUAUAUUUGUGAAUGUGUCUAGAUUGUCUUUUUCUCUCCCUGCCCUUUUAAAGAAAUGUCACUAUGGCGACGGUUUUGUCUUUAAAAUGAACGAUUUUUUUACACUCUAAUUUGAAUGGUUAAAAUUAUUAUAUAUGUGCAUAUUUUAAGUAAAAAAACAAAAGAAAGAAAUUGA